AUGUUUCGAGCCAACACUGGUGCCCCUCGACGGUUUUCUGCUCAGAGGCACCAAGCUGCCCAUUUCGAUUUACAGACACUACAGGUGUGCCAGGCAUUUUCAGCAAAUACUUGCAAGCACACACUCAUCCGUUUGCUUGUCCAUAUUGCACGAAUCCGAUUUCCUGACAAGAAAGUUAUUAAGGAGAAGGAGGCGCACAUUGAGCAACUUUUAGAGGAACGCGAAAUAGAACGCUCUGACGUUGCCAAGGCUACUUUGGAGAAGGAACAGGUGGGCUUAAUUUUUUUAAAAACCAUUUUACGCUCGCUUAUAUUUAUUAAUUUUCCUUGGUCUUUUUCAUUCGAAUAUUGGUCUCUAAUUUUCUCUGCGUAUAUGUAUAAUUUUAGCUUAUAA